CUACUGUACUGUUAGAACGGAGUCGUUGAUACCUGCUUGUUUCUUCUCUACAAUAAUACAGUCUUGUUGCAUUUUCUUUUUACACUUAGGCUGAUAUGCAUCCAGUGUGUUCGCUUCCAUCUGCAUACUGAAGGAUAACGGUGUUACGAGUAAUUGUCGCCUUCCCACUCCACUCAGAAUACUCCCUCUCUCUCUUUGCCAGUUAUUCCUUCACCCAGCCUUUAACUGAGUACCGGAUCGAAUAGACCUAGUCUUUUGAUAUUGUUUCUCUCCUUCUUCCCUCAGCCAGUCUUGAAGAAUCACAUACCGGAGUACAAUCUAGCUCGUCGCGGACAAUGACAGGCCAAUCCAAAGCCGUGCGUCUUUCCCCCUGGGGAAGCGCUGUUGCAGGUGCAACUGGCGCGGUUCUUGCGAAUGCGAUCGUAUAUCCCCUAGAUAUAGUCAAGACGAGACUGCAGGUGCAGGUGAAGGGCGACAAAACCGACGGGUCAGACGGAACGAUGCACUAUGAAUCGACUUUGGAUGCCAUCAACAAAAUCGUGGAGAGCGAGGGAAUUGAGGGUCUAUAUUCUGGAAUGGUUGGGUCCUUGAUCGGGGUUGCAUCUACCAACUUCGCCUACUUCUACUGGUACAGCGUCGUUCGCUCUUUCUAUAUGGCAUCAGAUCGGGUGCCGAAGCCUCCUGGAACCGCUGUCGAGCUGAGUCUGGGUGCCAUCGCGGGUGCUGUUGCUCAGAUCUUUACUAUUCCGGUCGCAGUCAUCACAACAAGACAACAAACACAACCAAAGGGGGAGAAGAAAGGCCUGAUCGAGACCGGUAAAGAGGUUGUCAACAGCGAGGAUGGCUGGACUGGUCUGUGGAGAGGUCUCAAGGCCAGUCUGAUCCUCGUCGUCAACCCGGCAAUCACAUACGGGGCCUAUCAGCGCCUGAAGGACAUAAUUUUCCCAGGGAAGAACAGCCUCAAACCUUGGGAAGCUUUCCUCCUUGGUGGACUUUCAAAGGCUCUUGCCACCAUCGCAACUCAGCCACUAAUCGUUGCGAAGGUUGGUCUUCAGUCUAGGCCCCCUCCAGGUCGCGAAGGGAAGCCCUUCAAGACCUUUGGCGAAGUCAUGCGUUAUAUCAUUGAAAAAGAAGGAGCCCUCUCCUUGUUCAAGGGCAUUGGUCCUCAAAUUACCAAGGGCCUUUUGGUACAAGGUCUCCUGAUGAUGACCAAGGAGAGAAUGGAACUUAUGUUCGUUCUUCUCUUCGCAUACCUGCGCAAGAUCAGGCAAGAGAAGCUUCGAAAGGCCGUUGACGCCGCCGCGUCAAAGGCCAAGACGAGUCUUCCUGCGACUCUCAAAUAGAAUCUCUGCCUCGGUCGCCUUUAAUUUUCUUGUUCAGCGACGACGAUUUUCCGUCCACCUUCAUUUCUGUUUCUUCUUCCAGGCGCUUGGGUUGUAUAUUCGCAGGCUUUCCUCAAAGGUUUUUUUGAGCCUCUUGUAUAUUCUGAGAGGCAGCCAUGAUAUAUAGAGUAUGAACUAUACCAGGUGUAUAUCCAGGA